CCAGAAACAAGAUGCCUUCCGCGCGUCCUCGCUGGUCGCCCUGCACUGCUGCCGGAGGAAUGGCACCCAAGGACGGCAGCUACACCGUGUAGGAGGAGCUAGCGGCGUGUUUCCGCUAAGAGCAGGCCGAGACCGUAAUCUAUGCAGCCGUACUGAGAAUUACAGAACAGCGGCGGAGCAGUUGGCGGCUAUUACUGGGAACUGUUUCACUAGAACUGGUUAAAACACCGGGGAGAUACGGCCGUCCACAUUUGGGGGGAAGAAGAAGAAGACGAAGAAGAAGAAGGAGUGGCAGCUGGACUGUCAGCAAUGGAAGCCGAGUUUCGGGAAAUCGAUGAAAACGGGAGUUGGAGCGCCAUUUAUCAGGAGAUUCGUCAGCUGUCAUGUGAACUCCCAUGCAAGCUUGCCAAAUUACCCGAAAACAAGACUCGGAAUCGAUACAGAGAUGUCAGCCCAUUUGACCACAGCAGAAUAUGUCUACAGCUGGGUACGAAUGACUACAUUAAUGCCAGCCUAAUAACAGCAGAAGAGGCGCAGAGGAAUUAUAUCCUUACUCAGGGACCCCUUCCAAAUACAUGUGGCCAUUUCUGGGAGAUGGUAUGGGAGCAGAGGACCCGCGGUGUCGUGAUGCUCAACCGAGUCAUAGAGAAAGGAUCUAUUAAAUGUGCCCAGUAUUGGCCACACAGAGAGGAGAAAGAUGCCAUCUUUCAAGAUACCAAUUUCAAGCUUACCUUUGUCUCAGAGGACAUCAAAUCUUACUACACAGUCCGCCAGCUGGAGUUGGAAAAUCUGUCUACUCAAGAGACUCGGGAGAUUUUACAUUUUCACUACACCACCUGGCCCGACUUUGGGGUACCAGAGUCUCCUGCCUCCUUCCUUAACUUUCUGUUUAAGGUGCGAGAGUCGGGUUGUCUGAAUUCGGAUCAGGGACCAGUGGUGGUGCACUGCAGUGCUGGAAUCGGACGCUCUGGGACAUUUUGUCUUGUGGACACCUGCCUCUUGUUGAUGUCCCUCCGUAAAGACCCGUCUUCAGUGCGUAUUCGAGAUGUCCUGCUGGAGAUGCGACGCUACCGAAUGGGCUUGAUUCAGACUGCAGAUCAGCUUCGCUUCUCCUACCUUGCUGUCAUUGAAGGUGCCAAGUACAUCAAGGGGGAUACAUCUCUGCAGGAGUCAUGGAAAGAACUCUCAAACGAGGAAGAUGACCCUCCAGAGUUUACCCCUCCUCCUCCUCCUCCUCUUCCUCCUCCCAGAGACCCUCACAACGGCAAACUUGAGCUGUCGUUUUUCCCUGAAAAUGAUGAACUCAUCCGACAGAUGAAGACCCACAGUCUGGGGUCCACACAAGAGUUAGACCUGCGAAAGAGGAACAUCACCGCCCCCCAGCCUCCUCCCCACAGUGCUGAUCAGCUCGAUGACCACAUGGGAAUCCGAGAUAUUACCUCCAAAGCUCCGAACAAAUCCCAGCAGCAGCAUGAAGAGGAGGAGCUGGAGUUGCCUGAGGCAGCGAACCAGCAAAAGGAAGGCUCUCCUGUGCCGGGGGCUUGGUCCCCUCUACUAACCAACGUGUGCCUGUGCACAGCGCUGGCUCUCAGUGCUUACGCCUGUUAUCGAGCCUAUUUCCACUGAUGUCUGCCGUUCCUCCUCCUUUUUUGUUCCUCCCCGUCUCUCCGCUGAUGUUGCAAAGUGGACAAGUCUGGCCAACCAGCCUGCUUUGACGCUGCGAGUGAGUGAAUUGUUUGGUCUUCAGCAAAUUCAGGUUCACUCGUUUGAAUUUUACAAAUGCAGUGUGAGGGCUUGGCUGGCUGCCACUUCUUAAUACCCACCCAAACGUUCUUUACAUAUGUCAUCUUGGGUGCUCAGGGCCUCAGUUUUUCAGGUGUCACAUCUAAAUACGUGUACUGGUUUAAACAGACUCAACAUAAAACACGUAUCGUGGUCUGCAGAGGAAAAUGAUUUUAGCGUCGCUGUUCUGUGAACCAGGAUGAAUGGCCUGUCAGCCCAUUUUCCACCUUUGUUUUCUUAUUUACCAAAUGACACUUGAAUGUGUUCUUCCAUUUCAUCCUUAACUCGUGUGUCCAUUAGGAUUUCACAUUUUCUUUUGCUUACACAAACGGAUCAGAAAUAAUAGAGCCAGAUUUCUGACCAGCCUGUCUGAAAAUAUGCCAGUAAGGGAGAAACGUUAUUUUUUGUUAUGGGUCAGCAUUAGACCCAACAAUAAGGUGAAAGUAAUAGGGAAGCAACCGUGUGCCCAUUAGAUAAGAGAUGCAUGCUGGAGUGGGCAUUGAAUUGUUAUCUGACCUCACUAGUGGCCUGUGUGUCAGCUGCAGGAGGUGUGCUGGUUGAGUCCAUACGGUAUGUGUGUUUUUGUGUGUCUGUAUAUGUACAUUUGCGCGAGUGGUAGUUAUUGGAGCUUUCUACUCAUGUGAGUUAAAUCUGCUCAGUCAGAUAUAUUAAUGUAACGUCAAAUGUGAGAUUUAGACUGGGUUGCCUCCUGGUAUUUGAUUCCCUCUGCGUUUUCUCUCCCUGGUAGCUCAAGAGUGACACGGGAAAAAAAAACAAAAAACAGGGUGGGGAAAGACUGACAUGUCGCACUCUCCACUCGCCUGGCACCCUUAAAUUAACACUGAAGAUACUGUAAAGCUUGAUUUAUAAUCCUGGGUUGACUUUCUGCAGAGGCUACGUUGUAGUCUACGAUGUGCGCUGUUGUGUUUGUACUACUCUGCAAUUACACCGCCAAAACUAGUUAGCAGUGGGGUAGUGCUGACAUGACGCCAUGGAGAAUCGUCGGGCUGCACCUCAUUGGCAUUUUGUUAUUGGGGUAAAAAAAAAAAAAGAAGCUCUGGCUUGUUUGUGUUUCUAUGAAAUAAUCACAAUUGUCUUGAGUUGUGCUAAGCCCAGGAUGCAGCAGUCAUGCUCCUGUAAAAUAGUGACGGGGGGGGUGUCAGUUUAGUUUGCACGCAGGGAGGUGAGCACUGUCAUGAAGGAACCAAGCAUCUUUGCCUUGUUGCAAGAUCUAAAUCAUCAGCAAAAAUGUGCCAUUUGCAGCAUGUAGUCUGCUGCUCAGAGGUGGUGGUUGUUACCCGUA